GCUUGGUAAGGAAACACCACCAUCGAAAAGGCGCAAGGAGGUGUCGGAGAUAGCCACGAAAUCAACACUACUCCUCAUCCCCUUAUACAGGACCUAAGUGACUCAGGAGUUUCUAAAACUCGUAAAUAUGAGUGUAUAACAAGAGACUUAUACUCGAGGAGUAAAGAGAACAUCGAGAAUGAGAAGUGUAGGUGUAGUGUAGCGCCGCUCGACGGCGGGUGAUAUGAGAACAGUGCUCUAUCCUCUGCCGUUAACGCCGCAGUUCCUCAAGAAUGGAUCAAAGCUGUAGAAUUCUUGGAUUUGCCCUAUCUCUUCUGGCUCAUUCGGUUUCUACCUUGGAGUCAUCCGUGGACAGGCUAGAAUUGGACACUUUUAAAGUAUAUCUUGGGCAUGAGUCUCUUAGAGUAAAUUUAGAUAAUCCGAGCCAUGCCAGUCCUCAAGAUGAAAGUCUACCAGGGAAAAUACCAUCGCCAAUCGAAAUUGGAGUACAACUCACCAGCAAUGGUAUCGCUCUGAAAAACGCUAAAGUUCUCGGUCAAAAUAAAAUUGGAUUUGGGGAGCGUACUACAGUACAACUGAAAAAUAGCAAAGGAGAAAAGAGAUGUGUUGAAGUUGAGUGGAGUACCUCUAACGCUAAACAGACCCUUGAAGAUUGCUUUCACAUGAGACCUCAUGAUUGGUACGGAGGAGCCCAACAAUUAGAUCAGUACUGGCCUGUUCAACAAGCCAUAUUCAAGGAAGACUCGUAUGUAACAAAAGAAUUCAGUCAUAACCGCACACACGCGAAUAUCGCUGAACCUUACUGGUUUAAUUCAGAUGGCUUCAUGAUCUACGUUGAUCCAACGGUUCCUCUAUUCGUUGACCAAAACCAUCACAGGAAUGAAACAUUGUGUCUUCUUGCCAAGCACGAUGCACCUUACUUGAGGAAAGGCGGACCAACAUUAAAGUACACCAUGUGCAAGUUUGAAAAUCCGCGGGUAGCUCAUGAAUACGCUGUUAAGCGAUUCCUUGGAAAGCCAUCAGGUAUACCGGAUACUACAAUGGUCCAGCAUCCCAUCUGGUCUACAUGGGCAAAGUACAAAACUGACAUUGAUGAAGAUGUAAUCAUGCAGUUCGCCAGACAGAUUGUAGAUAAUGGUUUCAAUAACAGCCAAAUUGAGAUAGACGAUAUGUGGCAAACGUGCUAUGGUAGCGUAUCUUUUAAUGAGACCCGGUUUCCGAACAUAAAAAAGCUAGUAACCAAGCUGAACAAAAUGGGUUUCAGGACCACGAUUUGGGUUCCCCCCGUCAUUAAUCUUGACUGCUAUAUACAUGAGGAAGCUACGAAGAAAGGCUACUUGGUGAAAAACACAGAAGGGAACACGACGACCUUUUGGUGGAAUGGUUUUGGGAGUUACAUUGAUUUUACAAAUCCUGCAGCAGCUGACUGGCAUGAAAAGCGUGUGCGAAAUAUGCUGAGAGAAAGUGGAAUCGAUGCUCCAAAAUUUGACGCUGGAGAGUCUAGUUGGGCACCGCAGAUUCCCGUCUUGAGUGGUCCAGAAUCGGAGCAACCUGAAAUUAUUGUUCGAAAUUAUGUGCAACUUGCUGCCAAGUUUGGUCCUAUGGUAGAAGUUCGAACAGCGAAACGUACCCAGAAUCUUCCGAUUUUCGUGAGAAUGCACGACAGAGACGCUGUAUGGGGAUUAAAGCAUGGCUUGCACAGUGUUAUCACUACAGUAUUUCAAAUGAAUUUCAAUGGUUAUCCGUUCGUCUUACCCGACAUGGUUGGAGGAAAUCUUCAAAUGAAUGAUACAGCCGACAAAGAAAUAUUUAUUCGUUAUCUGCAGACAAAUGUAUUCUUGCCAACCAUUCAGUUUUCAAUUCCUCCCUGGGAUUACGAUAAUGAGACGAUUGCGUUGAGUAAAAGAUACACUACGCUGCACUAUGAAUACUCUGGUACAAUUAUUGAGUUGAUGAAGAAAGCUGUAGAAACUGGUCAACCAAUCAAUACUCCCAUUUGGUGGGUGGAUCCUACCAACAAGGAAACUUAUGGAAUCAAUACAGAAUAUAUGCUUGGGGAGGAUAUUCUUGUCGCGCCUGUUUUAGAGCAAGGAGCAACUAGUCGGGAUAUUUACUUGCCAAAAGGCCAAUGGCGAGAAGAAGUUAAGCCUGAUAGACCAGUGGUUACCGGUCCAACAUGGCUCCGAAAUUACCCAGCGCCAUUAGACACUCUUCCGUACUUCACCCGUGUCUCGUCCGGUGCUGAGCGUCUUUCGCUCACUGUUUUAUUAACUGUCUAUAUUAUUGGUUCUUUUCUCUUGGAGUUUUAUUUUUUUUAAAAAUUCAUUUAGGUUUUAUUUAUUUUCAAACUUAAUUUUGUUUCAGGUUUUUAGUUGCAUAAUUAAGUACUUGAACGUUCAGGGAGUAAGUUGAAGCACGACAAUAAAAUGACUAAUCUUAGAAAGCCAUUAAUAAGCAUAGUAAAAUUUUGGAUUGAUCUUUUAAUUCGUUUUAGUUUUUGCUUCAUGUUUUAACUAAUUAGAAGGGGUUUAAUUUCACCGGUUUUUAUUUCUUCUGUUUUGGAGGAGAGGGAAGGGACGUUAAAUAAAAGAACCCAGCAUAGCAGUAGAACACUGUUAAAAAAAACGGAGUGAGACUCAGCACAAGCGCGAGUAAGAACGGGCCCUCACUUCGCCGGACCGAGGAGUCACUCCGACGGAGAAUCGGCUGGACGGAAUUUGGGUGCCGUACGUAUAGAAAUCACUCCGACGCCGGACGGAUUCGC